UGCCAGUAACCUCUGGGCUAUAAGCAUAAACAUAAGUCAGUCCAGUUCUCUGUGAAUUAAGAGAAGAAUUUUUGUUCUCUGCUGUGAUUCAGGGUGAGGGUCUUUGACCUACGAGCUGGUUCCUCCGUGGCAUCCCUGUAUGCUCACCCACCUGGGUGUGACAUCGGUGCAGGCAGACGACUGGAAGAUCGUGAGUGGCGGAGGCGAAGGAUUGGUGUGUGUGUGGGAGAUGAGGAUGGGAGCUAAGCUGUGGGAGAUGCACAACAGGCAUCCUGUAAGGCAUGUACGCUUCAACACUAGCACCCUGGUAACAGCCAACAUCCCAGAUGACAAGUCACCGCGGGGGGCCUGUAUCACAGAUGAUGACCUUACAGCUCACCGCAGACACAGGGGAGUCAUCUGCCAUUACGACUUCUCUGAGGACGCGCUGUCACAAGAUCACAUCCUGCCCAUCUGCAGGUCGGACUAUACCGAGUCGUACGGCUACAACUACAACAUCAGCCUGGCCGUGCCGUACGACAGGUUGUCUGGCUCUCAUCCAUCCCACUGACACAUGGUUUUCCAAACUUCCCCCAGCUUGGCUCAGUGAGUUACUGAACAGAUAACCGAAACAUUCACCCUUAUCAGUUUGAUUCUCCAAACUGUAUCCUAUUAUUUUACUAGUUUCCUUUUAUCAUCCUAGUCAAAUCAAGCUUUUGGUAAAUGUAAUAUUUGUAUGUACAGUAUGUUAUCUAUUAUGUGCAUUAACUGGUGCAUAGGUGUUUGUAAUUUACAAUUCUGACUUCAGAUGUUGGGCAAAAUCCCAAACCAUUUCUGUAAAGUUUUUAGUAGAUGUUUGGCUCCCUGGAUUUUAAUCAGUACCACUGUACAACAUCGCAGCAAUAAAAGAAAAUAAUAUUUCUACCUCAUUUACUAA